CUGCAUCAUAUUGAUACUAGACUUCAGACAGUCACCACUACUGAAUAGUUUACAAAUUUUGCUACUAUUGAAAGUGAGUUGUGCUAUUUCGUUUUCUGUUUUGCGUAGUUUCUUCUGUAAACGAUUUACGCUGCCUAUGAAAUGCAUUUGAUUGAGGUUUUCUUACUCUGCGUUGGAUUUAUCCUGGUCAGCGGAUUUCAAGGUCGUUCGACCAGAGUUAGCGUAAAUAUCGAGCCGCUACUUGAAAGUAUACGAAGCGAAAAUUUAGCAAGUAUUCAGCGACUGCUAAAAGACCAAAACUUGAACGUUGAAAACAGAAGAGGAGUGUCUCCACUCGGCUUAGCCGUUCAAAAAAAUAACAAGGACAUUGUGGAUUUAUUGAUUCGAAAUGGCGCCAGCGUAACCUACCCAAAGGGAAUAUUAAAAACUGCCGUUGAGCGUGGCAAUGAUAAAAUUGUGGAAUUAUUAAUCCAGAAUGGGGUGAAUGUCAACACAGUUGAUUUUUUGGGAGAAUCACCGCUACAAUUGGCCUCUUAUAAAGGAUUCGAGAAAAUCGUUGAAAAGUUGGUGAAAAACGGUGCUAGAGUGAAUGAUUCAGACGUAAGUGGGAAAACUGCGUUACAUCAAGCGGCUUCAUUUGGACGAGUGAGAGUUGCCGAACAAUUGAUUAGAAACGGAGCAAAUGUUAAUCAACAGGAUAAAGAGGGCAAAACUCCUUUACACUACGCUGCUAUUCACGGUCAUGUCGACUUGACUGAUUUAUUAAGAAGAAGUGGUGCCGAUAUCGAUAUCGUGGAUAAUCGUGGCAGAACAGCAUUGAAUGACGCGCGUGCCAAUCGUAAAUUAUAAAAACGAAUUUGGAAGACCUUCAGAUCCUUUAAAGUGAUAUGAUAAGUGACAUUUUAAUAAACGAUCAUCAUGAGCAAGUGUUCUAGUUGAUAUGA